CAGUCUUCUUGGAAGGUUCUUACCCAAGAUCUCCACUUGACUCGCUCUCUUCAAGCUGUCCAGUGUCACUGACUCAGUGAGGUCUCCAUUGAAGGAUUUCCCCCUACCCCCCACUCUUUUGAUGGCUGAAUGUGGAUGUUUUCCGUGCAAUAAUUCAGAAAGUCGACGUGAGUCGCCACGUUGGACCUCAUGGAUGUAGAGAGCCCUGUCCUGCACAGGCAUUUGGUGAUUUCUCCACAGGCUAAUCCAAAACUGCGGUUCCCAAAUGAGCUCUCUUUUCACGGAGUGGUAGUCGGAACCAGGUUCUAGAAGGAGAACUCCCUGCAGGAAGACCGUGAUCUUUUCCGAUCUGGGUUCCAGGAGCCCAGCACUGGGAGGGACCCUCAGUGGGUGUUGGUGAUUUGUGAAUGAAGAGCAAGGGCGGCCCCGCCUACUUUCCCCCGGAGGUGCGCGCGCCUCUGGUCCUCAAUCUACCGCUCGGCGCUCGGCCCGUUCCGUCCCGUCCCAUCGAUCAGCUCGGCCAUCGCGCGCCUGCGCCUUCGGCUGUCAAUCGGAGGCGGCGUGCGGAGUGCGGGGAGCGGCGGCGCGCCGGGAGCUGAGUUGGUAAAAAUGGAAUUUCAAGCAGUAGUAAUGGCAGUUGGAGGGGGAUCUCGGAUGACAGACCUGACUUCCAGCAUUCCUAAACCUCUUCUUCCAGUUGGGAACAAACCUUUAAUUUGGUACCCAUUAAACCUGCUUGAGCGUGUUGGAUUUGAAGAAGUCAUUGUCAUUACAACCAGAGAUGUCCAAAAGGCUUUAUCUGCAGAAUUCAAGAUGAAAAUGAAGCUAGAUAUAGUGUGUAUUCCUGAUGAGGCUGACAAGGGAACUGCAGAUUCUCUGCGCCACAUAUAUCCAAAACUUAAGACAGACGUAUUGGUCCUGAGCUGUGACCUAAUAACAGAUGUUGCCUUACAUGAGGUUGUGGACCUGUUCAGAGCUCAUGAUGCAUCACUUGCCAUGUUAAUGAGGAAAGGCCAAGAUGGCGUAGAACCAGUUCCAGGUCAAAAGGGGAAAAAAAAGGCAGUGGAGCAGCGUGACUUCAUUGGAGUGGACAGCACAGGAAAGAGGCUGCUCUUCAUGGCUAAUGAAGCGGACUUGGAUGAGGAGCUGGUCAUUAAGGGAUCCAUCCUGCAGAAGCACCCUAGAAUACGUUUCCACACAGGCCUUGUGGACGCCCAUCUCUACUGCAUGAAAAAAUACGUUGUGGACUUCCUAAUGGAAAAUGAGUCAAUCACGUCCGUCCGGAGUGAACUGAUUCCAUACCUAGUAAGAAAACAGUUUUCCUCAGCUUCCUCACAACAAGGACAAGAGGAAAAAGAGGAGGAUCUAAAGAAAAAGGAGCUGAAGCCCUUAGAUAUUUACAGUUUUAUAAAAGAAACCAAUGCACUGACCUUUGCCCCUUAUGAUGGCUGCUGGAAUGCCUGUCGAGGAGACAAGUGGGAAGACUUGUCCAGAUCACGGGUGCGCUGCUAUGUCCACAUCAUGAAAGAGGGGCUCUGCCUUCGAUUGAGCACCCUGGGACUCUACAUAGAAGCAAACAGACAGGUGCCCAAAUUGCUACCUCUUCUCUGUCCAGAAGAAACACUGGUUCAUUCAUCAGCCCAGAUUGUCAACAGACACUUGGUUGGAGUUGACUGCCUCAUUGGGCCAGAUACACAGAUUGGAGAGAAGUCAUCCAUUAAGCACUCGGUCAUUGGUUCAUCUUGUGUCAUAAGAGAUAGAGUGACUAUCACCAGUUGCCUUCUCAUGAACUCAGUCACCGUGGAGGAAGGAAGCAACAUCCAGGGCAGUGUCAUCUGCAACAAUGCUGUGAUCGAGAAGGGAGCAGACAUCAAGGACUGCCUAAUUGGAAGUGGCCAGAGGAUUGAAGCCAAAGCCAAACGAGUAAAUGAGGUGAUCGUGGGGAAUGACCAGCUCAUGGAGAUCUGAAUUCUGAGCAAGUCAGACGCCUUCCUCUUGGCCCCCGGAACUACAGAUGUUGGCUGGCCCACCUGUUUGACUGUAUUUAUUUCCCAAUAAAGAAGGGCUCCCACAGGCA